AUGCCUGGAAUCGUCAAAUCGAAGGAGAACAAAGUUCUACGAAAAAUACUCAUCCCUGUUGAUGGUGAUUCAGAAUCGAAUCGAGCUAUAAUCUGGUAUGCUGAAAACAUGAAACGUGAUGGUGAUUUGGUCAUUUUUUUGCAUAUCCUCUCACCUAUACUUCCAUCAGCUUUAUCUGGUCUAUCAAAAGAAAGUGAAUUAAUGCCAGCUGGAUCAGCUUAUUAUGUAACAGAAAAAAAUAUGCAAACAGGUAGAUUAUUAUGUCAACAAUUAGUACAUGAAGCAAAUAAACGUGGAAUAACAUCUGAAGCUAUGAUACAAAUUGAUACAAAACCAGGUCCAGCUAUUAUCAAAAUUAUUACUGAACAAAAUAUUGAUAAUGUGAUUAUGUUUAAGCGUAAUCUUGGCUUUUUUAAACGUGCAAUCACUGGUGGAAGUGUUAGCUCUUAUGUACUACAUCAUUCACAUAUUGCUGUAUCAAUUAUAUCACAAGUGAAUAAUAAUUGA